GGGGCACGGCACAGGAGCACGCGCGAUGGUACUGCGACUACUGAUGCGGUAUCUGGCCAACAAUGAGCAGCUUAUCCAGCGCAUGGCAGACAGCUAUCCCAUGCGUCGGGCUGCACAGCUGGUCGUCUCCCUCAUGUACCGCACCAAGAGCCUGGCCAGGGAGCAGGGGCUGCACGAGAUGACGCCGGAGCGGUUCAAGUCCUUCAUCAGUAUGUUCAAGAACAAUGUAAAACAGGAGCUGGAGGGUGUGAAGAAGGAUCUGAAAAACAAGAAAGACUAGACAUCCGGCGACGUUGGCAUCUGUAAAUAGAAACGGGGAAAGCAAAAUUAUAGUCAGACAUACUCUAGGAACCUUUCAGGAAACUCCGAAGAGAUAGAGGAAUCAAUAAAGCAGCAGAUCUAAGUUGUGAAAUCA